GUAAUCGAUUACAGGAAUGUCAACAAAGUGGAAAUAAAAUGAAUAUUUUACCAAAAAAACGCUGGCAUGUGCGUACCAAGGAGAACAUUGCCCGCGUGCGCCGGGAUCAAGCGGCUGCCGCAGCAGAAGAAAAAGUCCGGCAGGAGAAAUUGGAAUUUGCUGAAAGCGAGGCACGAAUCAACUUCCUGCGCCGCCAAUCGGGCUUGCCGGAGAAGGCCUCCAAGGAAUCUCGAGAGGAGUCGCAAUGCAGUACUGAAACAACCAAAGGGGUGGAUCUCUUUGCCGACUACAAGGCGAGAGUGAAGACCACUAACAAAGACUUGGAAAAGGAGCAAAAGGAGGAGCAGGAGAAGUAUGAGAAGCAGAUCGGCUACCUCACCUACUUGGGCCAGGACACCAAUGAAGCUUUGAAAGUGCGCAGCUGGUACGAGUUAGCCCCCAAAAGACCAGAAGUUGGGGAUCCCACAGCUACUGAAACUCAUCAUAAGCAAAAGCUAGCCCACGAUCCUCUGACCCUAAUUAAUGCUUUGUUGCCGCCAGAAAAAAAGGAUCCCAAAAAGGCCACAAAAAGAAUUCGCGAAAGGACACCCGCGCCUUCUCAGGAACCUUCAAUACCCCACAAGGACAAGAAAUCCAAGAAAGAUAAGAAGAAGCACAAGAGCAAAAAUGGUUCAAGGGAGACCCUUUUGGCCGAGGAACGCAUAAAACGAGAAAAGCUCGAGACGCUAAGAAGGGAGCGCAUGCGACGGGAAACAGCGGAACGCCAGCGUUCCGAGGCUCUGUUCGCACCCAAGGAGCUGCCGGUGGCUGCCAGUGCCGAAUCCACGCCGGCUUCGACGCCUAAGGUUGUCCAAAAGUACAACAGUCAGUUUAAUCCGGAGUUAGCAAAGCAAAAUAUGCUCUAGCCAUUAAUUAUGUUUUCAACUUAAUGUUAACAGCCUGAUUAUGAAUAUAAUCACUAAGCAAAUAAAUAGAAAUUACACUUUAUUAUUGAAUUGUCU